CCUUGGGGGGUCCCCGGGGUCGGCGCCUUCCCAUUGACUGUGGGCGGUGCAAGGGACGCAGCCUCUGGCGGCUCGUGGGGGUGUUGGGGUCCGCAGGGGGAGGGAGGGGAGUGUCAGAGUGUGAGUGGGGUACGAGAAUUCCAAAUUUGAGGGCCUCCCGGCUCUGGCGCCGGGGAGGGAGAGCUCAGGCGGCCAUGCGGGACAGGACCCACGAGCUGAGGCAGGGGGAUGACAGCUCGGACGAAGAGGACAAGGAGCGGGUCGCGCUGGUGGUGCACCCGGGCACGGCACGGCUGGGGAGCCCGGACGAGGAGUUCUUCCAGAAGCCCUCUCGGUCACCCUCCCCAGGUCCGGACAAUUCGGCAGACUAUUGUCAAGCUGGGGAAUAAAGUCCAGGAGCUGGAGAAACAGCAGGUCACCAUCCUGGCCACGCCCCUUCCCGAGGAGAGCAUGAAGCAGGAGCUGCAGAACCUGCGCGAUGAGAUCAAACAGCUGGGGAGGGAGAUCCGCCUGCAGCUGAAGGCCAUAGAGCCCCAGAAGGAGGAAGCUGAUGAGAACUAUAACUCCGUCAACACAAGAAUGAGAAAAACCCAGCAUGGAGUCCUGUCCCAGCAAUUCGUGGAGCUCAUCAACAAGUGCAAUUCAAUGCAGUCUGAAUACCGGGAGAAGAACGUGGAGCGGAUCCGGAGGCAGCUGAAGAUCACCAAUGCAGGAAUGGUGUCUGACGAGGAGCUGGAGCAGAUGCUGGACAGUGGGCAGAGCGAGGUGUUUGUGUCCAAUAUCCUGAAGGACACGCAGGUGACUCGACAGGCCUUAAAUGAGAUCUCAGCCCGGCACAGUGAGAUCCAGCAGCUUGAACGCAGUAUUCGUGAGCUGCACGACAUCUUCACUUUUCUGGCUACUGAAGUGGAGAUGCAGGGGGAGAUGAUCAAUCGGAUUGAGAAGAACAUCCUGAGCUCAGCGGACUACGUGGAACGCGGGCAGGAGCAUGUCAAGACAGCCCUGGAGAACCAGAAGAAAGCGAGGAAGAAGAAAGUCUUGAUUGCCAUCUGUGUGUCCAUCACCGUCGUCCUCCUAGCAGUCAUCAUUGGCGUCACAGUGGUUGGAUAAUGUCGCACAUUGUUGGCACUAGGAGCACCAGGGACCCAGGGCGUGGCCUUCUCUCCCAGCAGCCUGGGGGGCAGAACAGAGCCUCCAGUCGGACCCCUUCCUCACACUGGCCCCUAUGCAGAAGGGCAGACACUUCUGGGGUUGGCAGCUGCUCAUUCAUGGUGGCCUCCUCAUUCAGGCCUCAAUGCCUGGGGGAGGCCUGCACUGUCCUGAUUGGCCGGGACACACGGUUUUGCAAAAAAUUAAAAAACAAAGAGCAUAGAAA